AUGCAGAAACGAAGGCCAGGAGAGGGGUCCAAGAGUUUGACAAUAGACGCACGCCCACGCCUCCAACCUGGGCGAAAUUGGAUAUCUCGCUGCGCUACUAUUUUCUGCACUGCAAGAAUUGGCGUCGCAUCGCAUUGGCUUCCUGCGUCGAGUACGUCGAUUAUCAGACGCGACUUCGACAUAUCCUCGCUCCGGGAACCGGCAGAUAUCGCGAGUUGCGAUAGUGACAAACACGAGGAUAGUGGGGGACGCCGUCUUCCGAGAAAGUCAUCGAUCACGCUGCGAUUGGUGCGAAGCCAAUGGACACAUGAAUAUGACCCUACAAUCGAGGAUUCAUACUCCGUUACUCGGAUUGUCGACGGCCUGCCAUACUUACUUGCUUUAACAGACACCGCUGGCCAGGAGGAAUAUCGUGGCCUGUGGGCGUCGGCGAACCUCAAAUCCGAUGCGUUCCUCCUGGUCUAUGAUAUUACAAAUUCCUCUACGUUGGAGGCUUUGGAUUAUUUCAUGGAUAUGAUUGACAUUGAAGUAGAACAGCGGUUGGAAACCAAUGCGCGUUUGAUCCGGGAAUUGGGCUACUCCAGCCAGCAAGGAGAGAACGUUGCUGUCGGAAUGGCUCCACCUGUCAGGUUUAUGGCUGGAAAUAAAUGCGAUUUGAAGGACGAACGGGUAGUCAGUGCGACUCAGGGCCUAGAGUAUGCUAGGAAAAGAGGUUGUGGUUUUAUGGAAACGAGUGCAAGGGAAAUGGUUAACAUAGAGGAGACUUUUUCCUUAAUCGUUCGCCGUGUGGUGGAAGCGCGGCAUCGCCAUUACCUACAACAAUUUCCAACCCCACACCCCAAGGCAAUUGGCAAUUUAUCUCUAGCGGCGCAUUCUCCAUCUCAAGCCCUAUUCUCUCCCGACCUAAUUGUGGUAUCGCAGGCGGAUUCACAUUUACGAACACCAGCUCUCACAGCUACAGAGAAGGGGUUCGCUGACCAUAAUUUUAUCAACGAAGCAACGGAGCGCUCCUCACACAGGUCAAGCCAGUGGAAAGGCAUUAGCAGAGCAAUUUCAAAACGUGUCAGGAAGAUGAAAAGCCGGGAUACCACAAACCAGCGCCAUAGCAAUAUAGCGCCAUCCAGUGCCAUCCCUGGCAAGGUAUUUGAUGACGAGAAUAACCCACCGCAAUCUGGAAGAAAGGAAGAAGACCUGGCCAAGUCCAUGAAAUCAGAAGACCGCGAAAACGACGAAAAUGAGCCUGGAAGCACCCCGAAAUCCUGGUGGAGGCAGAUUUUCUGCUGGAAACCUUGA